UAUCGCGAUAUGGUGAUCAUGAAGAUGGAAGGAGAAAUGAGCAACUUCGCUAUGGUAUGGAUUACGGUGGUGGCAUCACUCUGGUAUUGUCACGCCAUCGCCAAGAUCACCAAACAAGGACCAAAAAGGUUUGUCGUAAUCCUCCCGGUGACACUCCUCUUCUUUGUCCUGCCUCUAAAUCUGAGUACCAUCUGUCUCGGAGGCCCAACUUCUUUCUUCAUCGCUUGGCUCGCCACCUUCAAACUCAUCCUCUUCUCCUUCGGUAAAGGCCCUCUUUCCUCCGACCCACCUCUUCCUUUGUCACGUUUCGUUCCUCUAGCUUGUCUCCCCAUAAAAAUCCAAGAAAACGCCGGCCAAAACUCAAAGAAAGGCCAAAAAUCGCCUCUAAAUUAUGCCACAAAGGCCUUAAUAUUUGCCACUAUUUUGCCUGUCUAUCAAAACAAAUCCUCCAUCCAUCCCAAACUGUUCUUGUUUCUUUUCGGAGUAUACACCUACACCGCCUUGGAGAUCAUCCUAGCCACGGUCGCAGCCGCGAUUGGAUUUUGCAUCUCAACUGACAUGUGUACAUGGUAUUAUAAAUCAUAG